CCCCCAGAUCUGUACCGCCAGCCGCCGGGAGCUCGGGGCUCCGGGCGUAGAGGCUGCGCUGUCACAUGGGCGGUGGCGACGGGGCCGCAUUUAAGCGGCCGGGGGACGGCGCCCGCCUCCAGCGCGUCCUCGGGCUUGGCUCUCGCCGGGCGCCCCGCUCUCUGCCCGCCGGGGGCCCCGCGCAGCGCCGCACCGCGCCGCCCCCGCCGGGCCAUGCGAGCGCGGGCCCCGCCGCGAUGAGCUCGCACAUCGCCAAAAGCGAGUCCAAGACGUCGCUGCUGAAGGCGGCGACAGCGAGCGGGGGCAGCCGGGCUCCCCGCCACGGCCCUGCCCGGGAGCCGGGGCUGCCUGGCCGCCGGCUGCCCGGAGCCUGUCCGAGCACGCCGCCGCCGUCCGGGGACCCCAGUUCGCGGAGGCCCCUGUGCCGGCCGGUGCCGCGAGAGGAGGGCGCGCGGGGGAGCCGGGGCGGGCUCCCCCAGGCGCACUGCAGGCCCCGGGAGGCGCUGCCGGCUGCGGCGUCCCGACCUUCGCCGCCGUCGCCGCUGCCGCCAGCCCGCGGGCGGGAUGGGGAGGAACGGGGGCUGUCCCCGGCGCUCGGCCUCCGGGGCUCACUGCGAGCCCCGGGUCGCGGGGACUCCGCUCCAGCCGCAGCGACUGAGGCGGACCCGUUCCUCCACCGGCUGCACCCCAUGCUCAGCUCCGCCUUCGGCCAGGACAGAUCACUGCGACCAGAGGAGAUCGAAGAGCUACGAGAGGCCUUCCGAGAAUUUGACAAGGACAAGGACGGCUACAUCAACUGUCGGGACCUGGGCAACUGUAUGCGCACCAUGGGCUACAUGCCCACCGAGAUGGAGCUCAUUGAGCUAUCCCAGCAGAUCAACAUGAACCUGGGUGGCCAUGUGGAUUUUGAUGACUUCGUGGAGCUAAUGGGGCCUAAACUCCUGGCAGAGACGGCCGACAUGAUUGGAGUAAAGGAACUGAGAGAUGCCUUUCGAGAGUUUGACACCAACGGUGACGGGGAGAUAAGCACCAGUGAGUUGCGAGAGGCCAUGAGGAAGCUCCUGGGUCAUCAGGUGGGACACCGAGACAUAGAGGAAAUUAUCCGAGAUGUGGACCUCAAUGGGGAUGGACGAGUGGACUUUGAAGAGUUUGUCCGGAUGAUGUCCCGCUGAGGCCGCAAGGGCCCCUCCAGGACUGCCAAGCUCCCACAGGCGGGGAGGGGAGAAGAGGAGCCAGAGCUCGCCUCGCCCCGCCCCCGCCGUAGCCGCCGAGAGCCCAGGAUGUACUGGCGGAUGGGGCCUGCCUGCACCCCGGGGAGGUGCCCACCCCGGACCCCCACCCCUCCGCACUGUGAAAGACUCACAACUCCUGCAACUGGAAAAGGGGGCGCCCGCCGACGACGAGGAGGCCACAGUGCCAAGCCGGCAGAGGUCACGCCAGGCGCCAAGUGCCAUGUACCCAGCCGCUGCUGGCUGGGUGGGCCAGGGAGCCCGCCAGCAGACCCCACACAGCAUGUCUGCCCCGGGGCAAAGCCUGUCGCCGCCCUCCUUCGCUCUAUGCCCAUCCCAGCUCGCCUAGCCCUGUGAUCUCAGAACCAAUAAAAAUAUUUCCAAGAG